AUGUACUUGUGCCGUCUGAACACUUUUUUCUCCUGUCGACCGGUUGCUGUAACUGACACACCACAUUAUCGGUUCACACCCACACGUGUAGAUCGUUCACUCUUUUAUAUCAUGACAUCCCCUCCUUUUGACGUGCAACUUCCAACUCGAGAAUAUGCCGAGGAUCUAUCUUAUUCGUCAUUGCAGGAUAUACCCGAUUCCGUGUUGUACAGGGCAUCUGAACUCCGAGCCCUUUCUCUAGCAAAUAAUCAAUUAUCACCUUGUAUAGGGCGAAGGAUCGCCGAUUUUCGGAAUUUGGUCAAACUUGACAUCAGUAAUAAUGGCCUAUUCCACUUACGUGAAGAAAUAAGCGGACUGAUAAAAUUACGAACUUUAAUCGCACGUAAUAACUAUCUCUGCUCGGAAAACAUCCCUAAGUCUCUGGCUAUUAUGAAGACUUUGGAAGUAGUCAAUAUGAGUGGUAAUCAAUUUAUAGACGUACCACCAAUCUUCUUUAAAUUGGAAAAACUUCGCUACUUACACAUGGGCGCAAACCAGAUUAAAGAACUUCCUAUACAAAUCAAAGAACUAACUCACCUGGAAGUGUUGUACCUUGGAGGCAAUCUGUUAACUGAAAUUCCUUCAGAAGUUGGAUGUCUGAGUAAAUUAAAUACACUUGCCCUUUGUGAUAAUAAACUACACACAUUACCUCGGUCCCUGAUUCAUUUACGAAGACUUCGUUCACUUAGCCUUCAUAACAAUCAGCUUUCCACAUUACCACAGGAAAUAGUAUCCCUUGAUCUGGUUGAACUUAGUCUACGAAACAACCCUUUAGUUGUACGUUUCGUGAAGGACCUUGUCUGUGAUCCUCCCUCACUUCUUGAGCUUGCAGGGAGAACAAUCAAAGUUGAGAAACUGAAAUAUGGACAUGGAGAUAUUCCAGAAAAUCUUCAGAAUUACUUAGACUCAGCAAAGAGGUGUGUGAAUCCCAAAUGUAAAGGUGUCUAUUUUUCCUCUCGCUUUGAGAAUGUGAAAUUUGUUGACUUUUGUGGAAAAUAUCGAUUACCCCUGUUGCAAUAUUUGUGUACUCCUCGAUGUACAACUGCUCAGCCAUCUGUUUGUGGCUCAAGUGACACAGAUACUGAUGAAGAAGACGUUGCAGUUGCACGUAUGAAGAAAGUUCUUCUUGGUUAA